CGCCAGUUCUCACCUUCUCUGGAUCCAUUAUACUUGAUUGGCAGCUAGCUUAGCUACCAAAUAGCAAUCUAUGGCUUCAGCUACGUUUACAAUUUCAUGCACCGCCGCCACCAUCCCCGCCUCCCAUCUUCAAAAACCUUCAAAGUUCUUACUAAACCAAAACCCGCCCAAGCACCGCCGCAGCAAACUCCCAUGUACUGCUUCCUCGUCAAAGGAUCAAAACCCGCCGCCGGAAAGGAGCAUCUCUCCGAACACCACGCUUGACCGGAGAGAUGUCCUCUUGGGUCUUAGCGGCCUCUACGGCGCCUACAACCUAUCCCUCUCCGGCGGCGGCGCCGAGGCUAGUCCGGUCCUGGCCCCGGAUAUUACCAAGUGCGGCCCGGCAACCAUUACCUCGAGCACCGACAAAGUGCCCUAUUCUUGUUGCCCUCAGGCCUUCUCCGGCACCAUAGCUGACUACAAGCUCCCGGAGUUCUCCACUCUGAACGUCCGGCCGGCGGCCCACGACAUAGACGAGGAGUACUUGGAGAAGUACAAGACAGCCGUUCGGAAAAUGAAGGAACUCCCGGAAGAUGAUCCCCGGAAUUUUUACCAGCAAGCCAACGUCCACUGCGCUUACUGUAACGGCGCCUAUACACUUGCCGGCGGUCAGGAAUAUCAAGUCCACUUCUCAUGGCUAUUCUUCCCCUUCCAUAGAUGUUUCAGGUCGGGAUUAAAGCUUGCCGCUACCGCCCGUUGUACCGGAGAAUUCAAGAGAAGAAGACGUGGUUCGUGCUUCUUCUGUUUCUGUUUUGAAAACGAUUUAAACCAUGCUCAUGGAUAUUAUUUUUCUUUAAUAUGUAUUUAGGGCUUGUAUGCCCAUGUUGCCAAAGUGUGGCGUGCACUUUGUAUUGAAUAUUUCCGCUGCUUUAAAUGAUUAUUUUACAUUAUGUUGUUUAUGGAUGUACUAUGUGUGAAUGGUAUUCAAGACGCCUAGUAUAGUAUGGAUGAGUUGGACUGCGGUUGACUAUUCGUACUGUACGGCGGGUUGUUGACGUGUCCGGUAGGUCCGGGGCGUGACAACUUCGUAUUAACUUUGGUGAAUAAAAAUUGCUUAAAAGUUAUGUCCACAAAUUUUGGCUCUCACGGUUUAGGUGAUAAAUUAAACCUUAAAGUCGU